AUGGGGCUUCGCACCGCGCCCGUGCUGCUUGCAUGCCUGCUUCUGUGGGCGUCCUGCGCCUCGGCGGCGCCCGAGAGCCGCAGGCUGCUGGCGAAGGCCGCCGCCAAGCCCGCGGAAGAUGGCGGCGACGACAAGGUGCAGUCUGCUGAAACAAUCGAGGAAAUCUUCGAUGCCAUCGACGAUGACACCGGCGACGAGGUUGGCACGCCAGGGGACGACGCAGGCGACGAUGCAUCCACGGCACGGGGAGGCGGCGACUUCUCUAGCGGCAUCAACACCGACCCCAGCUCCGCAUCCGGCACCAUCACCAACGCAUUGACCGCAGAGAACACCAACAGCCUGAAGGACUCUCUUGGCUCCAAGGUCGACUCCUCCGCCGCCAACAAGGCCCACAGCGAGGUGACGGCCAUCGACUCCUCCCAGCAGGUGGAAAACGUGCACUCCGACGUCAACCAGGGCAACACCUACAACACCGCCGACAAGGGGGUGACGGAGGGGAAGGCCAGCCCCGGAAAGAAGAAGACCGCCACCACCGCCGACUCCAGCAACGAUGCCAGCAACGAUUCCAGCGAUAGCAACGAUUCCAGCGACAGCGGGAACGACUCGUCCGACAACAGCACAGCCAGCAUCGACACCGACAACAGCUCCGGCAUCAACACCGACCCCACCGCCGCCUCUGGCACAGUCACCAACACACCCACCGCCACCACCAGCACCGGGCUGGCCGACUCCAACUACAACACAAUCAACACCGUCACCUCCAGCGAGUCCACCACCAACAACAAAGUGGACAACUCCAUGAUCAACAACAACCACCACGCCGACACGACCGACGGCAAGACCACCACCAUCAAUGCCGCCAACGGCGAGGUGGUGCACGGCGGGGGCGCCACCCUGAACUCUGGAGGGCUGGGGAACACCAUAAACGCCGUGGACUCCUUCAACACCAACACCGUCCUCCACGAGAUAGAGAAGGAGGUGGAGAACAAGUACUUCAACACCUACCACACCACCGUCGUGAAGCCCGCAGCCAGCGGCGGCGGCUCCUCCUCCGGCGGCGGCAGCAGCAGCGGCAGCAGCGGCGGCACGCCCAUCCUGGUCCCCGGCGCCAGCUGCAAGUUCUUCACCCACGGCAGCAGCAGCAAUCGCGAGCAGAGUGACGGCCACGCUGCGUGCACCUGA